AUGAGGUGGUCGUCUUCAAGCUGCGGCGAGGAGUGUCCGCCGUUCGAGUUCGGGAGGGUCCGGUCGUUUGGGAGGAAGAGGAUUGUCAUCUCGCAGAAUCUGGCGUGCUGCUGGGAUUCGGAGAUGAGUCCUCGGACUCCAUUGAAGAGGCUCUGCAGCGAGCCGUUGGCGCUGGGCGCGGUAAUGGCCGAAAUCGACGAGCAGCGGACGGAGGAGAAGUCUGUUCUCGCGAGCUUGCCGCAGGACAUUCUGAUUAAGGUGCUCUGUGGAGUGAACCACGAAGAUCUGAAGCAGCUUCUCCUCGUCUCCAAACCGAUCUCCGAAGCUACUUCGAUUGCGAAGGAAUCACACUUCGCCUACAGCACGCCGACGAAGGUGCGUGCGUUCCGUUCCCCGACGAUCGAUUACGACAGCGAAAUCGACGAGAUCGAAGCGCCUGGAGCUCCUAACAGAGCAGCUCGCCGGCUUCCCAAGCCGCCGCGGCUGAGCGACAAGGAGGUUUCGGAUUUGUCAGUGGCGCUCUUCUCGGACGCUUCUUCGCCGCCGAAGAGGAAGAAGAAGGGAUUGUUCAUGGACAUGGAGAUGUGA